GCGGACUUUGAUUCCGAGAUGUCGGGUACGUAGGCGGCCGAAAGGUUCAAGUCCACACAAUAUUUUUUUAUCAAGUUAUACGAUCAAGUCGUUAUCGAUGGGUAUGUGAUCAGUAAUCGUUUAAUAUAUCUCAAACAAUUUACGAUCGAUGGAUCGUCAUCAAAUUUAAUAAUAAUUACACACCGAUGGGUCGUAAGCAAACGUUUUUCAAAACAAUUCAUAUCGGCGAACUACGAGGGCUUUGAUCCUGAGAUGCCGGGUACGUAGGCGGCCUACGGGUCCAAAUCCACUAAUAUAAAAAAAACCUUUUUCCCUAAAAUUACCAAAAAUAUAUACUAAUUCUUCCAAUUCAAUUACAUGUUGAUGAACAUGUAAUUAACUUAAAAAGGACAUCACAUAUUCGAAGUAAGGCCAAAUAAUUUCAAUCAAACAAAAUAUCGAAUAAAAAGACAAAUCAAACUUAUAGUACCGACUUAGGGCGAUGUAAGGGUGCUAAUACCUUCCUUACUCGUAAACGACCCCCGAACCCGUAAAUCAAUUUCGCAGACCGAGCCGAGCCUAAAUCUAAACGAUUUAAGCUUGACUUUCCAAAUGUCCAAUCCACUUUGAGAGAUUGGUGGCGACUCCUCUUUUUCGCGCCACGUCGCGGACGGAAACGUUUGCGACAGAUUGAUCUCCCCGAAUGCAUUCUCCAUCACAUUAUCUCUGUUCGAACCUCCGUCCUGUCUAAAAGACUGACCAACUUGUGGAAAGAAGUACCUGCCCUCAAUCUCGACAUCGACUCCGUCCCCAACAAGUGGGAUUUGCAGGAGCUACUCUCUGUUCGUUCUCGCAAAUCCCCUGUUUCCGCCAUCGAAUUUAACUUCAGGGCACGACACGCGGACUUGGCACAAUUCGAUCGGCUAAUGGCGCAUGCCGCCGGCCUCGGGACCGGUCACGAAUCACGAUCUCAAGGUGAUGUCCGUCACAUGCGCUGGAAAUUUCAGUGCGAUGCCCGCCACCAUCACUCACCACUGUCACCAUGAAUCUCUCACCGCCUUCAAGUUGGAGCCAUCCUAUCCUAACUACCCUAUUGUUGCAAUAUCAUCCGAUCUCGGCGGCUUCGCUGUGCUGACCACUCUGGAGCUGCGCCGGUGCCAGCUGGUCGAGCAGUACGGAUGUUCGAGGGAUCCUUUUGCUCAACUUCGUUGCUUGACUGACUUGAAGCUGCGCGAAUACUCGUACCUGACUCCUUUUAAGGUGACGGGACUCGAGUUGUUGCGACUCGAAAUCACGUGCAGUUUCGAGACGCUGACGGAGGCGAGUGUGCGGGAACAUUCACAGAUAUUCGAAGUGUCUGCUUCAAAACUCCAGUCAUUCUGUUUGUCGGGUCACAACGAUGAUUUUGUGAAUCUCCGCAAGGUGAACCUUCUUUCGUCGGUGGUGUCACAAGGAGGAGACUGCGAUGGUGAUUCAAUCGUUCAUGAGGGUGUUUCGGAAUCGAGAAGACUCUCGUUUUAACGAGUUGAGGCCACUAGUCAGGGAGGAAGUUUCUCGCUUUGUCAGAUUGAAGAAUUGGAAGAUUCGAUACUCCUACAGAGACCAAUAGUAAACAUACUUUGAUCCAAUGGAGGUUUGAAGAAAAGUUUCUUCUAAGUUCUAACUUGAACGCAUUAUGGGUUAUAAAUUUGUAUAAUUUUUUUCUUUGUUCUUUCUUUUUGUAGUUUAAGUUGGAACUUCGAAGGUAAACAUGUGUGUUUCUGUAAUGAAUUUUUCAAUAUUGUAACAUGUUUCAGACUUUAUUUAAUCUAUCUAACUGUUAAUACUUAAUAUCGUCCAAAGGUUGAGACAAUCUGUAUCUUCAACCGGAUUUUGGUAUCGUUUCUCGAGCGCUAGGUAGACAACCAGCUUCGUCGCCAGGCCCUUAGCAAUUGCCAUGGCGAAGACCGAACCUAGAUCCAUGCAUCAUGAUUCACCACCUUAUCUCUUUUCGCCCUGGGCCCUGGCCUAUGGUUGUCAUUCGUUUCCGAUUUCCAAUCUGAUGCUCUAGUAUAUGUUAUUGUAUGACUGUUAGGGGGGGGGGGGGGGGGGGGUUCUGUAAUUUGGUUGGUUUUGAAUGAAAGUUAGGGUGCGUUACAUCCAUUAUAAGAAGAAGAAAAAAUCUUAUAUGUAGUGACUUUUAUAGUAUUUUUGCAGAAAUGGUAGGGACAUAAUUUUGGUUAGUGACUAGAGGUUUAACCAAAAGCUACACUAAACCACACACCGUUUGGUUACUUAAUUGCCGAUUUUUGUGGUAGUAGUUAAUAACUUACCGUGAUAGUUAAAUAAGAAAAGUACACCUCGUUGUGGAACUUUAACAUUCCUAACUCCUUCAUUUGCAAUACAAUCCAACAAAAGAGUAUUGUAUGAGUUUCACCAAAGAACACUGAAGAUCCUCAAAUAUAUGAUUAAAAUGGGCUGGCUAUACAAAUCAACCAGAUUGAUAGAUGAACUUUUCAUAUACCAAAACGACAAUGACAUUCUAAGUGUAAAAGAAGAGAAAAAUUGUAGUAGCAACCUGAAUAAAAUCGUAGAGAGGGAAGUUCGUAUCUAUGAUGAUGAUUACGAACCUAGUAUGUUCUUGAAAACACAAUAAAUUGUAAACUGAUAUUUUAUUAAUGAUGAUAACGUAGACAUUAAAUACUUAGCAUUUGA